ACUGCUUUAAAGUCCGUCUGAGGAGGCUUCUCUUACAUCAGCACCAGAUUAAACUCCACUUAUCUCCUUAGCAGUUGGAUUUCUCUCUCGCCCUUCUGGAGAGGCCGCUCUUACCGGAGACAGGCAGGGAGCGGAGAUACCGCGGCCAAAAGUUUCGAUCGGUUCUUCGGACAUUGCUUCCUGCCUCGGUCCUUGUUUAUUUUAAUUCUCCUCCUCCCCGCUCCCUCUUUGCACCCCGCCCCGUAGUCGGAUCCCUGCCGCAGUUUGCCGACCCCUCAUCGAGAUCCCGAGGGGGAGCCCCGCGCUCCCUCGCUCCAUCCCGCCCCACCUCUCUCUCUCCUGUCCCGGGAUGGGUGCCCGCACCGGAUCGUGGCGUCGGCUGCCCCUGCUUCUGCUGGUCCUCGUCUCCGGGCAGGCGGCAAAGGAGACGAGGCAGGACAGGAGCUCGCUGCGGAGAUCAGAUCGGCCGAGCCCACCUCAGGACAUACAGCUGGAGGCCCUGAACUGUACAGCCUUCCGAGCCCGAUGGAGAGCACCGCGGAGGCAUGGCAGAAUCACCGCAUACACGGUGCUGUACACAGAGGUGAAGAGUGACAGGGGGACCCUACCCACGAGAACACAAGAUCUGGUGCUCAAGCUGAACCAGCACUCUGAGGAUCAGAUAAAAAAUCCACAGAACUAUGAUCUGGUGGUGCGGAGCCUUCUUCCCGGGACCAGGUACCAGGUGUCGGUACGAGCUCGCAGCCCGGCAGGCAAGGGGAAGCCCAGCCCACUGAAGGAUGUGACCACCAUGUCUCAAGACCAGUGCUUGCCCCCAGACGCCCCAUCUAGACCGGAAGCUGCUGCUCUGUCUGACUCCGAGGUGGCACUCUCGUGGAAGCCAGGAAGGAGUGCAGGGAGCUCCCCACUCCAGUAUUACACAGUGGAAUUUACCCGCAGGUCGGCAGGGAACGGGAGCUGGACCAUGCUCGGUGAGCGGAUCAAAUCCGAAUCGGAAUCCAUGGUGAUUAAGCACCUGGACGCAGGGACUUGGUACCGGUUUGUGAUACGUGCUGUCAAUGCCCAUGGGCCCAGCCUGCCCAGCGGACCCAGUAACCAAGUCAAGACCCUCGUUGCGCAGAGGAUGCCAAUGCAGCAGGUGUUCCAUUACGAGGUGGAGCCGGGGUCCUGGUCGACAGGGCCGGAGGAAGGGGGCAGUGGUCACUCCAGACGACAUUUUCCAGCAGAGACCGGAGCCCGUCCUGGCAUUCACCCCGAGGGCCCUGACAUCUACAUCGAGAAGAUUAACUCUCCCUCCAUCAUCGAGGGAAGGAGCAACCUCCUCCAUUCACCACCACGACAUUUCCUGUCAAUAGGACCACCUGCUCCUCCCCCUGCUCGAGCAGCACCCAAGGGUGCACAGCACCUGUCCUGUGAAGAGAUCAACUGCCCGCUCAACAGCUUCUGCACCAACGAUUAUGAGGCCGGAGGUUCCCGGUGCCCCUGCAACCUGGGCAAGGCAGGGAACAGGUGUAGUACAGAUAUCUCCAUUCAGUACCCCAAGUUCUACGGACACUCUUACCUCACCUUCGAGCCCCUCAAGAACUCCUACCAACGCUUCCAGAUGACCCUGGAGUUUAAGGCAGAAGAGAGCGAUGACGGGCUGUUACUGUACUGCGGUGAGAACGAGAUGGGACAAGGGGACUUCCUCUCCCUGGCCAUCGUCCACAGGCACCUCCAGUUCAGGUUUAACUGCGGCACAGGGGCAGCGGUGCUGGAGACUGAGAGCGAAGUACUGCCCCAACACUGGCACAAGGUCACCCUGUCCCGCGAUGGCGUCGACGGCUGGCUCCGGCUCGACAACGACACUCCCGUCUCCAGCAGUUCCAAGGGCCGCUACUCCAGGAUCACCCUCCGCACUCCGCUGUACCUGGGUGGAGCCCCACGAGCCCAUUGGCUGGCCCAGGUGGCAGGAGCCAAUCAGGGAUUCCGCGGCUGCGUCCAGUCGCUGGUGGUCAAUGGUCAGAGGGUCAGCCUGAGACCCUGGCCCCAAGGUCUCGCCCUGAGCGGGGCUGACGUCGGGGAAUGCAGCACCGGCCUCUGUCGUGGGAUCUUCUGUGCUCACGGGGGCUCCUGUGUCCCCUACAGAGCUGACUUCUACCUUUGUCUGUGUCCACUGGGCUUCCGAGGUCGGCACUGCGAGGAGGCCUUUCAGCUGGUGGUCCCACACUUCAAUGCCUCGCUGAUGUCAUAUGGGGUGCUGGCCUGGCCCCUGCCGCCUCAGCACUACCUCUCCUUCACGGAGUUCCAGCUGUCGCUGCGGCCCCAGGCGGACAGCGGCCUGGUCCUCUACAGCCACGAUGAGGCCAGCAAGGACUUUGUUGCCCUCACGCUGGCUCAGGGCCACGUGGAGUUCCGCUUUGACUGCGGCUCAGGACCUGCUGUCAUCAGGAGUGAACAGCCCAUGGAGCUGAACAAGUGGCAUGAGGUGAGGGUAUCACGCACAGCCCGGAGUGGCAUCCUACAGGUGGACGAUCAGCGCCCAGUGGAGGGCACGGCCCAGGGAGCCUUCACCCAGAUCCGAUGCAGCACGGACAUAUUUCUUGGAGGGGUCCCUGACUACGAGCACGUGAGGAAGAACGCGGGGGUCCUGGAACCCCUCUCCGGGAGCAUUCAGAACCUGAUCCUGAACGACCGGAGCUUUCUGCUGGACCAGGACUUCCGGAUGGGAGUGAACAUGGAAAACGCUGCCCACCCCUGCGUGUCCAGCCCCUGCGUCAACGGAGGCUCCUGCAGACCACGACACGACGCCUUCGAGUGCGACUGUCCUCUGGGCUUCGAGGGGUCGAGGUGUCACAAAGCUGUAACAGAAGCCAUCGAGAUCCCACAGUUCAUUGGCCGCAGUUACCUCAUCUACGACCAUCCAAAUGUACUCAAGAGAGUCUCAGGAUCCCGCACCAACAUCUUCAUGAGGUUCAAGACUACAGCUGACGAUGGGUUGUUGCUGUGGAGAGGAGACAGCUCCAUGAGGCUCAACAGUGACUUCAUCUCCCUGGGUCUCCAGGACGGAGCCUUGGUCUUCAGUUACAACCUGGGCAGUGGCUCCGUGGCCAUCUUGGUCAAUGGAUCAUUUCAUGAUGACCAUUGGCAUCGGGUGAAGGCAGUCCGGGACGGCCAGUCUGGGAAGCUGACAGUUGAUGACUACGGUGCAAAAACGGGCAAGUCACCAGGCAAGAUGCGGCAACUCAACAUCAACGGACCUCUGUAUGUGGGAGGGAUGAGGGAGAUCGUGCUCCACACCGGCCGGCAGUACCUGAGGGGUCUCGUGGGCUGUAUCUCGCACUUCACCCUGUCCACCGACUACCGCGUCUCCCUCGUGGGGGAGGCCUCCGGCGGCAAGAACAUCAACACCUGCGGGAGCAAGUAG